UUGCAGUGCACUGCAGGGUCUGUGUCAAUGUCACUGUCCCUGACGCUAUCUCCUCGUUUCGGGCCCCGGUGCCGCGUGCCUCAUCCCGCGCACCCCUCUCGCGCGCUCACCCCCGCCAGCCCGGGCGGUAGAAGACCUCGACUGACAGACGGACUGACGGCCUCUGAACGAAGGCGUUUCGCUGAGGCUGCCGCCUAAGCCUAGGCCAGGGGAAGCCCGGGAGGUUUUAGGUGAGCGGUAACUGAUAGCGGACGGGCGGGCGCGGGCGCGAGUGUGGAACCGAUCGGGAGGAGAGGACAAACGGAGACACCGGGACAAGAGCGCGGCGACCGAUCCGUGACACUCGAGAAAGGAGCAGAAAUAGCCAGGCCGGGGCAUCAGGUGUGGCUGGCACAGAGGACACACCCGUCAGAAGUAAACAACGUAUCCUGGGGCCAGUGUGCUUGUGGGCCACUCGCACUGUAGCCCAGCACCGUCAGAGACCCCGGCUGUCAAGACCUCCAUCACACGGCACGACAAGCCUCAGAAAUCAAACCUUUCAAAAGAAGACAUUUUUAAAGCGUAGCAAGUGACUCUGUUAGCUGGCUAAAGCAAAGGCCUCUCAAUUUUUGGCUACACUUGAUAAUAUUCUGAGAUCACACUCUAAAAAUAGAGAGACAACAAUUUUUUUUUUUUAAAGAAUACAAUCUUAAAGCGUACGAGCUACACAUAAUUUCGGCUACACUUAAACAAUAAUAAUCUAAUAUCAUAUUCCAUAGUCGAUUACUGUUGUCCACUUGGCUGCGCCUCCUUCGCCUCUCUGCCGGGGGGGGAAGGGGGUCUCAUGGAGCAGCCCUUCUCUCUCCCGCUGCGGGGGGAGGCCAGUCUGGUCCCUUUGGACCUGGAGCUGUCCCCCCACUGCCUGAGGAGGAGGGGCUCCCGGAGGAAGCGGGAGUUCAUGCCGGAGGAGAGGAAGGACGCCACCUACUGGGAGAAGCGCAAGAAGAACAACGAGGCGGCCAAGCGCUCGCGGGAGAAACGGCGGGUCAACGACUACGUGCUGGAGGCGCAGCUGGCCGCCCUGAGUGAGGAGAACACGCACCUGCGGGCAGAGUUGCUGGCCCUCAGGCUGCAGCUGGGGUUCCUGGGGCCCGGGGCCCCCCACCAGGGCGGCCUGCUGCCGCUCCCACUCCCCCCGCCCCUGCCGGUGUCAGCCCCAAGCCUGCACCCGCCCCACAGCCUCCCCCGCCAUACGGAGAGAGACACCUGUUGGGGCCGGGGGAACGCAGAGGGCAUGGCCUCCUACCAUAGCCCCGCCCCCAGGCCCCCCCACACAGGCUCCGCCUUCUCCCCCGCCCGCUCGCGGAGCAGGUACCCGUACUUUUUCGACAAGUACGUGCCUUUCCCCUCCCCCCACCUACCCUUUCUCCUGCCCACCCUGCUGCCCCCUGCCUCCGCGUCCUGGGCCGGCUCGCCCCCGCCCAGGCCCGCCCCCGGGCCGAAGGUCAGCUCUGACGAAGAGGAGGGGGAGCAGCAGGUGCCGGCGGCCUCGGUGUGCGACCCUCGCUCUGCGCUGCCGCACAAACUCAGGCUGAAGUGGCGCGGCCCUCAAGGGCAAGAGGCUGCCUCGCUUCCCCCGGUGACGAAGCUGUAUGUGAGCGACUGAUAUGGGGCAGCCUGUAGCCUAGCGGCUAAGGUGCCUGGAGCCUAGCGGCUAAGGUGCCUGGAGCCUAGCGGCUAAGGUGCCUGGAGCCAAGUGGCUAAGGUGCUUGUAGCCUAGCGGCUAAGGUGCCUGGAGCCUAGCGGCUAAGGUACAUGACUGGGACCCGAAAGGUUGGGAGUGUAGCCACAAUAAGAUUCACACAGCUUUUGGGCCCUUGAGCAAGGCCCUUAACCCCUCAUUGCUUUAAAAUAAGUGAUAACGUGAUAAAUAAGGUCAGAGGAGGAGGCUACAGAUACGCACUCCCCAAUGGGUCCGCCCAACU